AUGAGACUUCACAUGAUGUGUCUUGGGCAGCAGCACUGGGAGCCGAAUCUCCGAACCUACCAGCCCCGCCGAACCUAUGUAGACGAUGCCAAACCUCCCCCUCUUCCCUCCUCCGUCUCUUCCCUUGCCAUUCAAGUCGUGUCUGCUGCCCAAACUGCUGCCCGAGCCGCAUCGGGCAGCAGCAACAAAAACAUUCUCCCGGACAUGACCCCCUCGGUCUGCAUCGCAAACUUUUACUCUCCCCGGCGGGGAGCCCUCGGCAUGCAUCAGGACAAGGACGAGCCGCCCGCAUCGAUCCGCCGGGGGGCGCCAGUUGUCUCAUUCUCCGUGGGGGAUUCGGCGGAUUUCCUAUUCGGGUGGCAAAGAGACCCGGAGAAAGCAGCAAGGGUGGUGCUGGAAUCAGGGGAUGUGGUGGUGUUUGGGGGCCCGUCUCGGUUGAUGUUUCACGGUGUUCCGUGUGUGCAUGGCGACACGGCGCCUGAUUGGUUGAUUCAGGAAACCGGGCUGCGGCCGGGCAGGCUCAAUCUUACAGUCAGGGAGCUGUAA